AUGGACUGGUCAAGGAGCUUGGUGGGGUUGUUGCUGACGUAGAACUCAGCCGACUUGGAAUGUCAGGGGAGAGGGUCCAGAGCCCCAUGGUCGGCCCACGGCUGUCCCUCCCCACCCCCGUUCACACCCACAGAUACUCACCACCUGAGGAGCCAAGCUCAGAAGCCACGGGACACCCAGAGAGAGCCGCCCAGCCCCCAAGUCAGACAAGGGGCUGCACCCUCUCCCAGUCGUUUAGUUAGAGGGGACCAAGGAGCAUAACUGCCCACAAGUGUUUUACCUUUAUCAAGGAACCCUCAAAACACUGCACCCUUAAAUGCUGGAACUUUAGGCAGAGGGUCAAAUGGAGGAAGCCAGAUAUCUGCCAGCUUCCUCCAGCCACCGUGACCAGCGUGUUUCUCAGGGAAGGGACCCACUGACCUCUUGAAGUCACCUGGCUGACCGGUGCCCUCCACAGGCUGUCUUAGCGCAGCACAGCUCUGGAAGCAGGGAGACCCCUCAGCCACGGUCUGUCCAUCUGUCCCUCUACCUGAGCAGCUGGUGUAUCUUCUUGGCUUACAAGAGCCUUCCUGGCAGUUCCGGCAAAGCCAAGAGUGGGUUUUUCUCUUUUAAAGCCAGGAGCUGGAGGAAUGCAGGGUGUCCUUCUGAGAGCACCUGCUGUUGCCACUUUCUCACAGACAGGAGAACCCGAGAGAAGGGCCCCGAUUCCCUGCCCGGAGUGUGAGGGGACUGCCCGAGGGCAGAGCGAGGCUGGGUUGCCAUCCCUGGCUGCCUCCCGAGGGGCCUGUGGGCUCGGGGCUCUGCAGGACUCAUCUUUGGGUUCAAGCCACCUGGGGAUGCUUUGCUGGCCCUCACCAGCCCUCAAGCACAUGGGACUCUGCCUCCUGGCAGCAGUGGAGAGCAUGGGCCCAGCUGUCACCCCGGAGGCUGGUGUCCUCAGCGCCCGGCAGCUGUACAGGCCAGCCUCAGGCACCUCUGCUAAUCUCGCACCAGUGGGAGUAGCGACAGGAGACGGGGCUCUGCUGACCAUCCCAAGCCGCCUCCUCCCAGCCCCGUCUGUAUUCCUUGCCCUUCAUCCUGCAGACCCGGACUCUCCGAGCACCUACCCUACCACCCGCCUUCUGACCCCAGCCCAUGUGUCUAGUCGCUCUCCUCUGGGACACCCCACAGAUCCUGCCCUCACCAAAUCUAGUCGGCCACCUUUUCCCCAGAUAAUCUCUCUCCUCCACCCCAUCCCAGGUUCACUGCCUGCCCAUCACCCAAGCCAGACACCUAGGCGUCACGCCAGGCACACACCACCAAUCCGUCCCCAGUCCCCUUGGUGCCAGCAGUCCCCAACAGUUCUCAGGUCUCUCAUCCGCUCGGUCAGACAAUGGCUGUUGGGCACAGAUGGCGUGCCAAGCACUGAUUACUGGGGCCAUGGCCACCACCGAGCAGGUGGGGUCUCCUCGAAGGGCUGCGGUCCAGUGGGGGGGGGGCAUGCACGUGGGCAGUCACGUUUCAAGGUGAGGCGGGCAUCAGCAGGGAAAGGUCAAAGGUUAGACCUAGGAAAUAACUUUCUACUCUAGUUACUGGCACUUUGGGAGAAGAGCCCAGAGCCCCAUGGUUCCUGGAAUAAGCUGCCAAAAGAUGGCAGAGCAGAGCCCGGGCUCACACACUAGUUCUCCACUGACUGGCUGUGUGACUUUGGACAGGCUAUUUAACCGCUGCGUGAGUUCCUCCUCUGUAAAACAGAGAAGAGGAGAGAGCCAGCCGCCCUCUGUGGCCGACGGCGUCACCCUGUCCGCAGUUCGGCAGUGUGGGAGAAUGGAGGUCAGACAGCCAGUCAUUCUACGGGUUUCUCUUUGAGGGUCAGUUUCACAGCACGUGGCCCCAGUUUCUAAACCCUUAGCUUGAAAGAUCUCCAGUUCAGAUGAGACUGCAGGGGAGAAAUUAGGUUAUGGGACGGCGGCGCUGUGUGUCUGUCAGGCCUGUUCACGCUGGUCCCGUGAUGCGGCAGAGAACUGGCCACAUUCCCACGCGGGGCCUCAGCCCAGCGUCUUACCACAGCGGGUUCUGUGAGCGAGGUUUAAGGGCGGGAAGAAAACUCCCCCGGGGCUGCAGGGCGAGAGCCACUUCCCUACUGACGACCCUGAGAACUCACUGCUGAUUGUGAGGAAGCUGUACAGCAAGACCCUGCCUGGCAAUUCAUGAGUUCCUGUCAGAAGGGAAAGGCAGGCUGAGCAGAGCCCCGUUUCGGGGUACGAGCGGAGGGAGGUGUGAACGGAGUCGAGUUCAAUAGCGCCGAGUAGGCCACGCGCAGCCCUCCUCUACUGCCCACCAAAGGCGAAUUCUACUCAAGCGUAAUUUUACUGAUUGGUUUUCACGUUUCCUUAUUCAGUGUUCUCAGUUAACCACCCCUCCCCCCGCCCACUCCUGCGUCUCCCAUACUCAGGGGCCCUGUGCACUUUCAGGGUAAAGCCUGGACCUUCCCCCUGACCCCAGAGCCCCCUGCCCACCUCCCCAGCCUAAUGCCAGCUGCUCUCUCUCUCCCGCUGUACCCCUGCUCCAGAGCGGUCUGCCCUUGUCCCUGGCACAGUGCUGGCCAUCUUCCCCCAUCCUGGGUGAGCACCCUUCCCUCCACCCACCCCAGGCAGCACUCUGCUCACUGGUUGUGUUGAGUCCUCAGCUGUGGGCCAAGGGUGGACUGAGGCUUCCUUCUCCCCACACACCAGCACCCCCCCGACCGACUGCUGUUCUCCUUGACCCCACCUGACCCCACCUGACCCCACCACCCUAC